AUGAGCUCACCAAAGGGCGACAGAGAUGUCAUAGAGGAUCGUGAGUCUCGUUCAGACCAGAAGGAGGAACGAAAGGAAACCCGCGGUGCCGAGACACAAUAUGACGGCGACGCAGAGGAGACCGACCGUGUGGAGCACGAGCACAAAUCUUCACUGGUGGAUGAGGAUGAGAGGCGGGAAAGCGGCAAGGAAGCUGGUGAAGAUCGUGAGACUGGGCCGUCAACGGAGAAGCAAAAUGCGGAUGAAGAGAGAGGAGUGGGGCGGGGAGAGGUGAAGGAGCCGCGGGAUGAGGCGAGAGGUGAGGACCAUGAGGGACGUCGCGAAGGUGGGGAGGAGCGGAGGGAUGCUGAGAAAGCUGACGGGGAAGAAGUACGUGGCAAAGAAAGAGAAAGGAACGGCGGCUCAGGGCCAUCCGAUGAGCAAGGUGGUAGUGAACUUGUGAAUUUGUUUGUGAGAAACGUGGCAAAGCAUGUGAUUGAGGAACAAUUGGUGGUUCUGUUCAGUAAGUUUGGAAAAGUGGACUCUGCGGUGGUGGUCCGUGACCCGCAUUCGAGAGAAUGCCGGGGGUUUGGGUUUGUGAAAAUGCUUCACGAGGAGGAGGCUGCGCAAGCGAUCGAAGCGCUGCGAGAUUUUGAAUUUGAGGGGCGUCGAAUAGCUGUUGAGAAGGCGAAGCGGAAGGCACCGCAUUCGCGGACCCCGGGUGAGUACAUGGGAAUUGACCGGCGCAUCAGGGACCGAUACUCUGGGAUGAAGAGGUCGAGGGGCUACGGCGGGUAUGAGCACGGCGACCCGUAUGGAAUGGACAGACGCGGCGGGUAUGGGGGGAGAAGACACGAGAGUGAUGGACGGGGACGGUACGACGACCGGGGAUGGGACCCCAGGGGUUACAGGCCGCAACCGAUGAGACCAUCGUAUGAUGGACGUGAGCAAAAGCGGGGGAGGUACGAAGGCAGCACUCCAUAUGGCCAUCGAGGGAUGGAGAGCGAACAUCGUCUGAGAGAGAGAGAGCCGCCUGUCCCACGAGAGCCCGCAGAUGACUGUGUGUAA